GCUUCCCUUCGCUCUGUCCUUCUUGACUUUGGUGACAGACCUAAAAGCCUUUUGUUGCCAUCUUAGCCAAUGGAGACGGAUGACGACAGCGGGCAGCUGAGAUAUAUAAAGAGCCUCUUUUUGACCGCACUUGCACAUUUUCCAGUGACACUUCUGUACACUCACACACCUCCAUGGACUGAAACUAGUAGAAAGGACGCCAACAACAACCCUCAUAGCACACGUGAUCGGGCAACAUUCAUUCUUCAGAUAAAGAUUUGGUCAACUUGCAAUAAAGACACACUUGGAACGCACUUUUUUCCCCCCACUGCAAAAAAAGCAACUUCUUGGUGUUGGAUUAGAUGCCACUCUUGUAGGAUAAAGACAGGAGCGACGCGCAGCCAAGAGAGGGGAUUUAACUGGGUGACGUGAGUUAAACAACAAAAGGAAACAGGCAAACAAACAAAAAAAAAGUUGCAUUUCCUGGUGUCGGCGCAUCGCCAUGUCGAGGUAUAACUUCUUAUUGUGCUUGAUGGUGCUCAUUUCCCUGGGACAGUCGGGGAGCGACGAGCCCAAUCUGCUGCUGCCUCCAGCCAGCGAGACGCCCACCAACGCCGGCCUGUCGCUCCUGGACGAGGACGCCGGUUCCCACGAGUGCUCCGCCUGCGUUUGGAGGGAACAAAGCAAAGUGCUGAGGCUGGAGACCAUCAAGUCGCAGAUCUUGAGCAAGCUGCGUCUGAAGCAGGCGCCCAAUAUCAGCCGGGAGGUGGUCAACCAACUGCUGCCCAAGGCGCCGCCGCUCCAACAGCUCCUGGACCAUCACGACUUCCAGGGGGAUGCGUCGUCCCAGGAUGAGUUCAUGGAGGAGGAUGAGUACCACGCAACCACGGAGUCCGUCAUCACCAUGGCUUCUGAGCCGGAGCCUCUGGUGCAGGUGAACGGCAAACCGAGCUGCUGCUUCUUCAAGUUCAGCCCCAAACUAAUGUUCACCAAGGUUCUGAAGGCCCAGCUGUGGGUGUACCUGCGGCCCCUGCAACAGACCUCCACCGUCUACCUGCAGAUCCUGCGGCUCAAGCCUGUGACGGAUCAGGGCAGCCGCCACAUCCGUAUCCGUUCUCUGAAGAUAGAGCUCAACUCCAGGGUGGGCCACUGGCAAAGCAUUGACUUCAAGCACGUGUUGCAGAACUGGUUCAAACAGCCCCACACCAACUGGGGGAUCGACAUCAAUGCCUUUGAUGAGAGCGGCAAUGACCUGGCCGUUACCUCACUGCGACCCGGGGAGGAGGGGCUGCAGCCGUUUCUGGAAGUGAAGGUUCUGGAGACGACCAAACGUUCUCGAAGAAACCUGGGUCUUGACUGCGACGAGCACUCCACCGAAUCCCGUUGCUGUCGCUACCCACUGACGGUGGACUUCGAGGCUUUCGGUUGGGACUGGAUCAUCGCGCCCAAGCGCUACAAAGCCAACUAUUGCUCGGGCCAGUGCGAGUACAUGUUUAUGCAGAAGUACCCUCACACUCACCUGGUGCAGCACGCCAACCCGCGUGGCUCGGCGGGGCCCUGCUGCACCCCUACCAAGAUGUCGCCCAUUAACAUGCUCUACUUCAACGAUAAGCAGCAGAUUAUCCACGGCAAGAUUCCUGGGAUGGUGGUGGAUCGAUGUGGCUGCUCUUAAACUGCGGGCAUGACACCUUUGUGCACGUUCACCAUUCCAUCAUACCACCCCAAAUGUGAAUGGAGCUCUCUCCCCUGGCACCAGAACCCACUCCUUGGCAAAAACAAGGGUUUCCAUUUUCAGAAAUUCAAAUGGUUCUAACUUGUAAAAAGUUCUGUGUGAAAUAAGAAUCAAAAAAGGGGACUUAGCGAUGGAAAUACAGUACAAUGAGUAAACGUGCGGUGCGGCUUCAGACAAACAUGAGAAAAAAAACAUGUUUGAUUUCUGUUGUUGUGUUUUUGAUGGCAUCUUUGGGAAAUGUCCAUGUUAGUGGAUGGAGAAGACAGGAGACUCGGGCAUUUUUUAGUUCACAAAAACUCGUCCCCAUGAGUGGGCUACAAAAAUGGGGGGAAAACACAAGUUAACUCAUAGAAAUCCACUUCAGUGUUGUUCGCAGAUGUCUAAAAAUGUAAAGAUCCGAAACCAAACCCUUUAUCUAUAACACCUUAGUGCGACAUUCUCGCGUAUCUACAAACCCUUUUCACUGCUGCUUUGAUCUGUUUUAUUUGGAGUCUUGUAAAAACUCCAAAAAGCAACAGCGAGAGUGGAAACGACAGCAAUUUCUGCAAAAGCAGCGACUUCAGAUGUACAGUUAAGGCCAAAAUGGUUCAUACGCUGAUCAACUCUUGAGUUGAAGUGAAUUUUUGUUUUAUGAAUGAGUACCUUUUGGCUGCAAAUGACACAAGGCAUUAGCAAAAGACUGUAGUAUGGAUUUAUAUCACAAAUAUUAUUUUGAUUUUCUUUUAAAUUAUUUGCCUCCUUGCUGUCAUUAAAGCUAAAAGAUAACCAUUCAGUUGAUAACGUUGCACUUUACUUUAAGUCACCAUUUGGCCAGGGUAUGAUUCAUAUCAGGCUUAACUGGGCAUGUGAAAAAAAAAUCUUACCUGAUGUAAAUAAACCAAAAAUGUCCAUUGCUCAAACUACUAAUUGACAGUGAAAUAAAAACAUUGAUGUAUAUUGAGGAAAAUAAGUAUUUCAACACCCUGCGUUUUUGCAAGUUCUCCCACUUAGAAACGAUGGGCGGGUUUGAAAUUUUCAUGGUAAGAGCUUGUUAAUUAAAACGAAAAAAAAAUCCAGAAAUCACAUUUUUAAACAAUUUAUUUGUAUUAUAGUGUCGCAAAUUUGUAUUUGAACACCUGAGAAAAUCAAUGUCAAUAUUUGGUACAGUAGCCUCUGUUUACAGUACCAGAGGUCAAACCUGGAACUUUUCAAAAGGUUUGAACAGACUGCAGCAGGGAUUUUGCACCACUGCUCCAGACAGAGCUUCUCUAGAUGAAUCAGGUUUCUGGACUGUCAGUGCGAAACGCUGAGUUAAAGCUUCCUCCAAAGAUUUUCUAUUGGGUUUAGGUCUGGGAACUGGCUAGGCCUCUCCAGAACCUUGAUGUACCGUAUUGACCUGAAUAUAAGACGGCCCUGAUUAUAAGACGACCCCCUCUUUUUCAAGACUCAAGUUUGAAAAAAGUCUGUUUCGGAACACCAAAUUAAUUUUUAUACAGAAAAUAAUUACAGUACAUCCGAAACAAAUGAUUAUAACAAUAUAUUUGAGAGAGAAAAAGCAUGUUAUUUUGCCUUAUUCAAAUCUUAAUAUCUAAACAUUUAAAUAUGUAAAUUAAAGUGCAAUCACGUUCGUAAAUGAAUGGCUUCUGGUUUUUGAAAUGUAAAUAAACCAAUCCAUUGUGAUAAAACAACAAAAUUGCAAUAACUGCAUUAACCAUCAAAGUGAAGUCUAACUGUAACUGUAGUCUUUAAACAAAUCUG